AUGUCGGGUGACAAGUACUUCCUUAAAACACCUGAAGAAUUGAUCGAUUAUCAGAUAUGCUAUUGCAGGUUUGGUUGGUUGCUCAUGCAUAGAAUUGAUGGGCCGAUGGUGUUUUAUAACCCGUUCACAAAUGAGGUCCGUGAGCUUCCACGUCCAGAGUUGCGUUUAGACAGCUACUGUUUCUCAGCGCCACCUACUUCCCUCGAUUGCUAUGUUCUUGGCUUUUUGAAAUCAGGCAGAUAUGAUGUCUACAUCCACCCUGCAGGUUGGUACUGGAAGGAAGAAAAAUAUUGGUCUGAACUUUUUAGAGAAAAUCUACAUGCUAAUCCACAUUAUUUCCGUUUUCCCACAUUCCACGAUGGAGAUUAUUAUGCCUUGAGUGACGCUGGAGGAAUCCAUGUCCUUAAUAAUUUGGUAAGUCAUGAUCCAUCUUGGGAGGUCCUUAUUGCCGAAGCCCCUGAAAGUGGUUCCACAAGUACUCCUGUUAAACGCUUCCUAGAAGAAAUGUGA